AUGAACUAUAGCUCGCAUUCACCACCUCCCCUCCGGCACCCAGUGCCCACCCAUCCUGCAUAUAUACCAGAGCCCCCAUUGACGCCAGGAUCUCCUCAAGGCUACCAGCGAUUUUCAUCGUCGCCUCAGCCUCAGCCUCAGCAACAAUACACGCAUGUGCCAGCAUAUUCCUGUCAUUUCCAGCCACCACCACCACCGAAUCCCAACGUCGGUUCCAACUUUGUGCAGCCUGAUUUUGUGGCAUGGGGUAUGAAUGAUGCCACAACGCAGCUGGGGUUACAGCUGGGUAACAGUGCCGUUCAAGCGGGCCAGGAGUAUGUCCAGCGGAAUUUCGGUGGCUUCUUCCCGUUGGCGAGCCUCAAGCACCAGUUCAACGUGUCCAAUUCCUAUGUCAUGCGCAAACUAAAACUCGUCAUUUUCCCUUGGGACCAUCGUCCGUGGUCGCGUAGGAUUCGACGCUCAGAACAGGGUGUGACUGAAUGGCAGCCCCCUCGAGAGGAUGUGAAUAGUCCUGACUUGUACAUUCCGCUAAUGGCGCUCGUGACUUACAUGCUCAUUGCUGCCUUCCAUUCCGGCAUACAAGACCGUUUCCACCCAAAGGUCCUCGGCGAACUCGCUUCAGGCGCAUUCCUCGUGGUGCUUGUCGACUUUGGUUUCGUAUACCUAGGAUGUUACUUUUUGAAUAUCCAAGGCUCAAGUCAGGCCCUGGAUAUCAUCGCAUACUCAGGAUACAAGUUCGUGGGCGUGAUACUUACCAUUGUCUUCGGAUUCCUGAACAUGGGCCGGACCCUCUACACGAUCGUCUUUCUCUACUUCUUUUUUGCGAAUGCCUUCUUCCUAGUGCGUCCCUCGCUUUUACGGAGUCUAAUAUACCUUAAUCUGAGGGUACAGUUACGUUCUCUGCGGUCUGUGGUGCUUCCAGAUCCGUCAAUAACAAACAACGCGAAUAGCACCGCAACGGUCAGUGCGGCGUCUCGAAGACGCCGCAUCAUAUUUUUAUUCCUAGAGGCCAUCUGUCAAAUACUGUAUAUGGGUAUUCUUGUGCGGGUGUAG